AUAUAUCGCCAUGCACAUGAGAUUCUAAGCAGAAACGAGAAUACAAGUACGGACGGAGAUUUGAGCAACAACGCCAAUGACCACAAUGAAAGCAACUCGCCUUACAUUAUCAUCAGUCCUUCAAUGAGAAUGGGGUUAAUCGAAGGGAGUGACAGACGUACUCAUAACCUUCCCACAACGGAGGAAGUUGCUGUUGUCAUACCAAUUGAGUAUAGCGAUCGAAGCUUCAGAGAUAUUAUACUUACCUUAAGAAGAAGAGAUCAGGAAACCUUGGAUACCAUUAAGAAGAUCCAAAGUUCUCAUAAAGACAAUAGAAAGAAGAGUAGGUAUAAUUCUGAAGAAACACCCAGAUUGUUAUCAGAAAUCAUCAAUCCCAGCAUUAUCAAAUUGACCGAAAAUGACCAUAAGAAAGGUAUGACGGAUUUGGGGCCAUUUGAUUCACCUGAACAUGAUUAAAUAUUAAUCUGUUGACACUCCUAGUAGACAUAAUAUAAAAAUAAAUUUGUUUUUCCUUAUUCAUUUAUAACGAAUUUAAAUACGUCUAUUGAAAGCUGAACUCCAAACGACCAUUUUAAAGAUUUCUUUCCUCAUCCAAACACUUCUGGAAAAAGACAUUGAAUGCUUAAUCCAUCCUUCACAAUCUUUUUUUGUUACUUUUCCAGCCGAUUCACAUAUACGAUCUGUAAGACGAUCAUCUACCGUCAAUGGUGUUCUUCUAACACCAG